GCGAAACAACAGCAAUUCCUGAAGAGUUGCGAUUUUGCGAAAAUUACAAGGUUAUCAUUGAUUUUAUGGUCAAAAUGCCAAAACUAUCUGAACGUAUGGUUUUGGCGCGGUCAAGAGCCAGAUCACUUGAUAGUGUAAAGAAGCUUAAUUGCUGGGCAACAGAAAUUGAUGAUAUUACUAUCAUAAAGAAGCUCAACAAUGCUGAAAUAGUUAGUCUGAGUUGCAAUAAGAUCACCAGUCUAGAGCCAUUCCAACAUUGCUAUAACCUCAAAGAACUCUACAUCAGGAAAAAUCAAAUCAGCAACCUAUCAGAGAUUUGCUACCUCCAAGAAUGUCCAAAUCUUCGUGUUCUAUGGCUAAGUGACAACCCAUGCGCUAUUGGUGAUCUCUACAGGUCCACAGUUCUGCGUACACUGCCCAAUUUAGAGAAACUAGAUAAUAUUGCCAUUCAGGAAGAUGAGAAAAAUGAAGCAGUUGAAGUUGGAGCCGAACUGUCUGUCCCUGAUCCACCGAGACCACAGAUGGCAACCUCCUCCAGUCAGGAAGACAAGUUUGAAGAUCCUCGCACGCUAACAUUGGACGAAACAAACAAAAUCCGAGCUGAGUUAGGUCUGAAGCCACUUCCCGUAGAGAAAGUUUCACCCGCGAAACAGAGAAUUAGGCCAUCAAAAGGCCGGAAUUCUAACCUGGUCCAGGCUGUACUGCUGAUGUUAGAUGAGAUUGAUGAAGAUGGUCUCGAGACAAUAGGCAAUGCUAUAAAGGACCGCUUGGAGACAUCACCUGACAUAUUGUCAACGAUGAACUCUGUCAGAGAUGGCAUUGAUGGACUGCAGACAGAUGUCCUAGAAUCAGAAUCAUGAUAGGAGUGAAUGAUACAUGCCUCGGUACGAGGGGUGCUCUUUCAUGGCCAGCUGGUCUCUGUGUAGGCGGACACUUCAACUUAGAAGAUAGCAUGGGUCUUAACAGCUGCAUGGUCAAGAGUGUGAUACUCAAUAGGACUGUGCUACAUAUUUCCGUCCAGCAAAUCGUUGCAUUUAUAGAACUUUAGUUUAGCUGACCCCCAUCUAAAAUGAACGAGGUCAUGAUCACUGAUUUUCACUCGCAUUGGAUGGCCUACAUUGAAGAGUCUGUCCUGUUAGUAUGGAGGGUGUCGGUUUAAGCCUGCACACUUCCGGAUUAUAUAAAUGAUUUUAUAGUUUCAAAAGACAAUAGGAGCAGAAUAGCGAUCUCGUUUAUUGUAUGAAUCUUACACCAGAGCCUUGUCGUUUAAACAAGUUUGUCACUAACUUGACAUUGUCUCCUUCAGUUUUAGACAAUUGAUUACACAACACCAAGUUGAACUGAGGGCCGAGUUUGUGAACAACAAGGCCCUUGUGUAAAGAGACACUGUAUGACCGAGAGUGGGUUAGAAUCACUGUUUUUUCACUUUGUAUAUAUCAU